GAAUACAUACAUUCUCGCAUCCUAUUGCAUCGUAUUUUCGCGUCCAUCGUUCUGAUACGCGGUAAAUUCGUGUGGCCAGCGCGGCAUAACCUAAACUUCCGGUGAUUGUCCGUUGUGCGUGUAUCGUGCGUGUGUGUCCCUCUUGCAUUCUGCAUCGCGCGAGGCGACAAUGGCAAUGAACGAGGACCUCGGUUUCGCCGAACUUUGCCGGCUGUGCUCGCUCAAAAGCAAUCAUCAGCUGCAGAUAUUCGACAAGGAGAGCGAACAGCGGCAGUUGCUGUUUAAAAUACGUUCCUGCGUGCCCAUCGUGAUAGGGAAAGAGGAUGGACUGCCCAAAAAUAUCUGUCAGAGAUGCAUCUACAAGUUAGAUAUGUUCUACGAAUUUCGUCUUAGCUGCAUAUCCACAGAGACAAUAUUAAAGAAUUAUGCAGAAUCCUUGAAAAACAUUGUUACGCUUAAUAAUCAGAGUACGGAUAAGGACAAGAUGUCAAACGGUGGGCAACAGCAGCAUGCAAAUUACGUGGAAACGCACACUGCGGCACACGCGGCACUGCAGCAGCAUAUGGCUCAGCAAGCUGCUCAAGCGAGGUUAACUGGAGCCGGGCCACACGCGGCCUCGCAGCCACCGAAUCCCACGUUUACCUUACCAGACGAUGGGCUCGGUUACGAUGAUGGAGUAAGGGUGCUGCGUUCUAUUGGAACAUGGUCUUCGGAUUACUCAUCCGCAAUGCGCCCUAGCAUGAUGCCGGCAUUUCCUGGAGCAGACCAACAAUUUGGAAGUAGAGUACCGGCGGUAAAUCAACCAUUACGAACAAUGACGACAAAUAGCGCGAGUGUUCGUCCGGGAUCUGUCUCAAAGGCGACUAACACUGGCGAGCCAACGACGAAAGCAUUUGCCUGCACUGUUUGCGGCAAGGGACUUGCUCGUAAGGAUAAACUCGUCAUACACAUGCGUAUACAUACUGGAGAGAAGCCGUAUUCCUGUGAAGUAUGCGGUAAAGCAUUUGCUCGUCGAGACAAAUUGGUUAUCCAUAUGAACAAACUCAGACACAGAACCGGUGUCUCGCCUCUGUCAGCGCCUUCAACACCACGAGUCGAUCAACAUCAACAACAGCAGCAGCAGCAGCCACAACAGCAAGCGCAACAGCAACAGUCAUCUCGUCAAGAUACCAUUCAUAAACUGAAAGAGGAGCCAGUGAGUUGGGCCUGUGAACUGUGUGGACGAUCAUUCGCUACUAGAGAGGAAUGGACGCAACACGCUCGAUCUCAUUUGGAGGGAAUGCCGCCGCAACACGCUGCUCCAUACUUUCCAGGACCUGCUCCGCCACCGCAAUCCUAUACCCCCGAGAGGAAUUUUUGCUUAGUGUGUCGCGCUGACUUCACGGAUAAAGCCGAAUUCAUGUUUCAUAUACGUUCGCAUUGCGAGCACGGGCAACCGUCGGGUGGUAAACAGAGCGGCGGAGAUCCCGCGACGGCUGAGCUCAUUGCCAGAGGACUUGUCGAUCCUUCCGGAUUAUGCAGCUAGAAUUACUCUUUUCCUUGUCACUACGUACUGUCGAUUUGUGUCUUACCAUAGUACAAGUUUUCUGCUCCACCAGAAACUUUCGCAUAGGAUGUCAUGCAUAUUGUGAUUGUAAUGAUAUAUAUACCAACUUAUCGAUAAUAGAUACACAGUAGCA